GAUUAAGGUAACUUUCAUUUCACGUCCUCAACAUCGUGAAGUCACUUGAAGAGUCCAUAUCCCUCAAUCAUUAUAACUACUCGAGGAUGUUGCUCGUCUUCGUCACAUUCUUCUAGUGCAUGUAAAUCUUCAUGCAGAGGGUGGCAUAGUGGUCUUUCAUAUUCAAGCAGUUAUACAAUUUAUUCAAGCAGUUACUCCUGCAGUUUUCAAUUGAAGGAGAUGAACGAGGCCAAUGUCAAUGUCGCAUAUCUACGCUUCUAACGAGGUGGACAAGGCCUUGUAGUUGACGAAAACAAGCAAAACUAGAACUGCUGCUACUCGAACAGGGAGGGAGAACAACUUCUUCUAUCUACAUCUACUUCUACGUCUUGUUUUGCGAGGACGACAGGCAGAACAGGAUUUAGUAUUCCAUUAUACUAGGCAGUAGAUCGAGAUUGGCAGACACUUCUCCUCCUCUCGCUUUCCUGACCACCAUGUUUUUAUCUCAGUUCGUCGCGAAAUCGCAGGACGACUUGUGUACGGUUCUAGUAUUUGGUAACCUGAAUUCGAUCACAAGUAUUCCCUUCUUGUUUUCCUCAUGAUCAAAAUCAGGCUAUACCAAAUACCAGCACCAUUCAUGUUGUCAACACAGCGGGAGGCCGCCGAGAGCGACCUUGUUCAGCAUGCCUCGUCCGCUUCCAGAGGUGGACCAUACGAGCAAGAUGAACAAGAGCAUGCCUCGUCCGCUUCCAGAGGUGGACCAUUCUUGUAUGAACAAGAAGUGCCUUUCGAAAUUCGAGCCGCUGAAGCAGCGCGCAUUGUGGAGAAAUUUCCUACGAGAAUACCACUAGUGUGCGAGCGAAAGCUGUCCGACAAAGGAUCGUCGCAGCUUCCGACAUUGAACAAGAAAAAGUUUCUCGUUCCAGGAAUCAUGACUUUAUGCGCAUGCGGUGGACCUUCAACUAAAAGUUGUAGAAGACUUUUGAUGCCAAAAGCAAACUACAAAAAAAGUGUGUGCGAUUAAGAUUAGUUUUUCUAAUAAAUGCGAGGUUAGUGAAGUUGAAUAGCCUCUACAAUCUAAUUCAUACUCCAUAUUUCUCUAUAGACAGUCAAGAAAAUACUAUUCCUUCAACAUAACAGUAUUUUUUCAAGAAGCGCAACACGACCGUGUUGAUACUCAAUCUUCUUCAAACUUCAGACGAGAGUCUUCAUCCAAGUGCAAGUCUCACCCACUCCGUUCAAAAAAUACCCCGAUCUCGUCCUUUCAUUUUCCCUAGCGCAGUUUUCGGUGGUUUUGAAGCAGCAGAUAGCGGAAGAGCAUCCGGAGCAGAGGCACAAAGAAACGGCCAAGCUUUCGCUCUAUUUUCUUCUGAAAAACCGACAGUCUCCAGUAUUGUCUAAAGCGCUCAAAGACCUCUACGAAACGUCGAAAUCGCCAGACGGCUUCCUCUACUUAUGGAUGUGCGAGGAAGCUGUGUUUGGAGGAAGCGACGUGGAGGAGGAUGAUCAAGAUGCAGAAAGUGUCAACGAACUGAGAACAAUCAGUCGAGAUGAUACUUACACUCGUCGUCUCAAAAGGAAGAGUCAUCUACUUACUUUAGUAGAAUUAGAAAGUGCAAUAGGGUCGUGUUGAGUGUGGUAGUUACAUAUUAACGCGACAGGGACAUGAUCAUGACGGUUACACCUCCUACAACCAUCUUCAUUUUUUGUCGGAAGUUUCUAUGCAUAGAAAGAAACUCCUGCACUCCAACUCCAUCGAAAACUACUGGAAUAUUUAGGAUCAUCAUCAUCUUCAACAACAGAUCGCAGCAGAUCGUCUUUCCACCAUCAAGCCAAAAAGGGGGUCGCGUGUUUGGACUGUCUCUGUCUAGUAGUGUGUAAGUGUAUAUAUCAAGUGUAUAUAAUUUGUGCUCGGCUGGUUCUCAUGCCUAUGGCUUGCUGUACUCCUAUAAAAACCUACGGCGCUGAUGACAGGAGUCUACUUGUUCUACACCACAUCAUCGCACAUUCACUCCGGUCAAAAUAAAUGGAAUGCGGAAACCAGACCCGAAGCUGACGUC